AUGAGGACUGAGGUUUGCAGGUCGAUAGUGGGUGAUGAUCUGUUAUUCGCUACACCGGCCGAGCAAGAAUGGCGUGAGAAACUUUUCGUGACGUACACAAUACGCUCACGAGUUGGACAAGUACCACGCAUGCCCGAAUCUCCGAGUCGACUGCUGACCAAGUUUUGUUGGCAGCUUAUCGUACACAUGUACUGCAGAUUCUUUUUACCAAAAUGUGACAUGACGUCAUCCAGACCUCGGGCUCAGCCUAUUUGUAGAGAUGCGUGCCGGGAAUUUAAGAACCAGUGUCAGAGGGAAUGGACUCACGCACAAAGGAAAUUCAAGAGUGUGUCGUGGGCGGUGCAGAAACUUGCCUCUGGGAUGGAGAGAAGUUCUUCGCUCAUGUGGUGUAGGAACCUGCCCAGACGAAGAGGACCAGAUAUUCCAGAAUGUUAUUAUCCUAAAAUGUUGAAAGAAAAGAAAGAAAACCCCCGACCGUUUACGGACACUUGUUUCUAUGAUGACGGUCGGACAUACAACGGCAGUGUGUCUGUAACACGGUCCGGUCACAAGUGCCAGUCCUGGAAUUCCCAGUGUCCUCAUCGGCACCACAGAACACCAGAAAAUUAUCCUGAACUGAAUGGUGCUGGCAAUGCAUGUCGGAACCCUGGUGGUCAGGCCCCUCACGGUCCCUGGUGUUACACUACAAAUGUAACGCAGAGAUGGGAGUAUUGCAAUGUGAUCAAGUGUGAAACACUAAAGGAAAGCAAAGGAUGA